AAUAUUGUCGCGUUGCUUCUUCAAAUGCUUCGGAAUAGGAUCCUGUGUUCUAGAUCCCGAUUGCUGUACCAAAGCAGAAAGCGGGGGAUCUUAGAGAACGAUAUCAUUCUUGGAGAGUUUGCUGAGAAACAUCUACCAACAAUGGAACGGGAGGAUUUACUUUCUUAUGACAAGCUUAUAAAUGGUGAACACAUGGAGUGGGACUUGUACUACUUUAUGUGUGGAAAAAAGGAGCCGCCAGAAGAGGUUGCGGGCUCGACUGUCUUUAAAAUGGUUAAGAAGUUCGUUGACGAAAGAGAGUUUUCUGGAAGGAUUCCUAUGAAAUAG